AUGGAGGAUACAGAUCUUGCCUUGGGGCUCUUUCCUCGCUGGUGGCUCCCUAACUUUCAACGACCUGAUAUUUCUGGCUCGAGGCGAUCUGGCAUUGGAGAUGGAACUGCUGAGGGUCACAAGUGCUCUGGCUGUGGAAAGACUUACCUCUGGAGAUCUACAUUAACAAGACAUCGUCAGUAUGAGUGUGGUGUCAUUCCCCCCCAGGAAGGAAUUGAAAAAAAAAAUACUCUUGUCUUAAUAGGAUUGCAGCUUCUUAAUGAGAAAAAUGAUUACAACUAUUGGUGUGACAGAACUCCAGAUAUUUCCAAGAUGGAUGAGGAAACUCGAAAAAUGUGGGUUGAUUCUCAGGGUGAGAUUGUUAUGAAUGAUUUUGAACCGAAAAGACGUUUUCAUAACCAUGGUGUCUACCCAUGUGACCGCUGUGGUCGUACUUAUGUACGCAAAGACUCAUUAUCACGUCAUCUUCAAUGGGAGUGUGGUAAAGAACCUCAGUUUCAGUGCCCCUUCUGUCCUCAAAAAUGUAAAAGAAAGUCACAUCAACUGAGGCAUAUACAACGGCAGCAUCAAGAUAAAAUGCAUCUGUUAACGGACAGAGACAAUGAUCUUGAGGAUCUCAUUAAGUAACCAUUAAAUGACUUGUCAGAAAUGUUGUCUAGUAUGUGACUUUCAAAUUUGGCGGUAUCAAUUAUUUCAGUGAUAAAUCAUUGAUCAAAUACUUUUGAUGAUUCCUCCUGAGUGAAAUAGGGUAAUUAACAAUCCUAUUAUUAUUUUGCCCUGCAUAUAACAUUAUAUUUUUACCAAUGUCUUUCCUUAAAUUAAAUGAAGAUUGUUAUUUUGUAGAUGGAGUCUGUGAAGAUUGUUACUAUCAGUGUUUAUUUUAUAAUCCCUGUUAUAACUAGAAUGUCUCUUCAUUGAAAUUUAAAUUGUUUUACCCUUUUGCUCAUGUUUUGUCUCCUUUGGGUUUUUGAAAUGAAAGGUGUUGACCACUGAAUGCAAAUCUAUACCUUCUUACAAUUGUUUCAAUGUUUGGUUUGCCUCAUAGUUUUUAUCUUGUUCUGUGUUUUAUAUUAUAUUCCAAAAAGUAAUAUUUUUUUACCUCUAGUUAAGUUUUAAUCAUAUGUGGUGGGUCCCAAUUACGUUCUAUUAAAACACUUAUCUUUCUGUUGUCAGUGCGAAAGAGUUAACACUAAGCCAGACUUAUCUUUGGUCCUUAUGAUAAUAUUUUCUUUAUCUUCUUCUUGUUUUGUUAAGUGGCAUUUGGAUGUAAAGUGUUGUUAACCAAAAUUUUGGUGCCAUUAUCAAGGUAAAGAAGGGAAAACCAUUAAUUCUUUGGGAUCAAAUAUGAUUUAUAUUUAAAAUUGAAGAUCCUGUUUGUAAUGCUCCCUUGCGAGCAGUUGAUAAGAUUCUAUUAAUGUUGAUUAUUUACAAAGAUUUCUCAAAAUAUCUCUUGCUAUGAGUAGUUCUUUUUUCUUUCAGAUCUAACUUUCAGUUUAAAAAAAGUAACCAAUUUUCAUCUAAUAAGUAAUAAUGUUUGUUUAUCCUUUCUGAUUGUCAUACAUGUCAGUUACAAAUGUUGGUGAAUGUCUUACUCUCAUCUGUUACAUGUUAUUUUCAGUCUAUAUUGUUGUGUGAACAUACAGUGCAUUUCAUAACUAUAAUUACUAAACCAUUCUGGAAUGUCAUAAGGUUAUCUAUCAUUAAAAAGUACAACUACAAAAAAAA